AUGCUUCAACCCCUCAUACCCCUUCCGAUCAGCGACCAGACCACAGCCAACAACUGCAGCAACGACAUCUUCAACGAAUGUUGCGACAACGGCAACAAGAUCGUUAACAUCAACGACGAUGAAGCAAUCAACAACAACGACAACAUCAUCAACGACUUAAUCGUCGACAACAAUAGCAGCAUAAUACGUUGCAGUUCACUAGCGCAGUACAUCUGCGGAAACAACAGCAGCAACAACAACACAAACCAUCCAGUGACCACCAGAAUGAAGCAGACGACCAACCUCAACAACAGCCACCUGGUAGAAUGCUGCAGAGUCACUGAGGAAGCCAUGGCUGACGAUGACUCCUGCGCCGCCGAUGAACUCUCCAUGAAGUUGUGGGAAUACUCCUAUCAGAUGCUCAUCCAACAGAAGCACUGCGAUGUCGUCAUUGUGACGCAGAAGGGAACCAUCAAGGCACAUCGUUGCAUUCUCGCAUUCCACAGCCAGUACCUCUGCAAGGUCUUCUACCAGCUUGGAGCCGAUAAGAAGGUCGUCAUCAGAUUGGAUUGCAUUCCUAUAGACACUGUCAGACAGAUGCUCUGCUUCUUUUAUUCUGGGGAGAUUAAGGUGAACAAAUUCAACUUGGUGGACCUUCUGAACGUUUCUGAGCAGUAUUGCUUCCCGAACCUUCAACAGGCCUGUUUGGACUUUUUCAAAGACGUGACCCCGGAGAAUGCCAUCUUUCUACUUUCGCUGACGAACUCGAUGGGAUUGGAGACGAUGCAACAGAACAUCAUGUGCUUCAUCGUUCAGUCGUUCAAUCAGGUCAGUCAGACUCCUGACUUUGUGUACCUUCCGUUUCCUCUUUUGAGAUGCGUCCUGAUGGAUGAUGAUCUGCAGGUCUGCAAUGAGCUGGAAGUCUUCUAUGCUGUCGUUAGAUGGGUAGAGCACAAAAAGGAAUGCCGUGUAGAGCAUGUAGCAGAUCUGUUGAACGGUCCAGUUAGGUUGGAGUUGAUGUCAGUGGAGGAACUGAAUGAUGAGGUGGAGAGCCAGGAUUGGAUGUUUUGCAACCAGGAAGCUAAGGAUGUACUCAGCGAGGCCUACAGAAAAAAGUUGUUGAUGACAUCAGGCCUAUGUCCCGCGGCGGCCCUGAGACCAAGGAACUACUCCAACUACUACGCCACCAACAGCCAAUUCUGUUGCUAA